AUGAAUCCAGAAUCAUCAAGUUUGGAUCCCAUUGAGAAAAAUGACGAAUCAUUUAAAGAUGAUAUGUAUACUCAAAAAAAUACGAAUUUUGAAUUUCAAGGAUUUACAAAAAAUAUAGAAAAUCAGGGAAAACUAUGUGAAGGGUUUGAAACUACAAUGAAUGAUAUUGAGAUUGAAGAAACAAAACUAUGUAAAACAGUUUUAAAUAAUAAAAAAAGUAAUAAUUUAGAAAUAGAUGAUAUGGAUGUUAAUAAUAUACAUGCAAAUAAUAGACAAGAAAAUGUUAUAAAAAUUGAAGGUGUUGAAAAAAAAUGUGGUGAUAUGCAUAAUACCGAGCUUAUUCAUAUUAAGAAAGAUAUCAGCAGAUUAAACAAUUUUAAAAAAGAAGAUGAAAAUAUAAUAAAUUUAUAUGACGAAAAUAGUUCACAUAAAAUAGAUAAUGAAACAUUAUAUCAUGGGAAGGGUAAAUCUUUACAACAAAUAAAAUUAAGUAACAACUUAAAUGCAAGCUUAGCACACAGUUCAAUUGAAAACAAACAAAAUUCUCCUAAAAUAAUAUGUGAAAAUAAUAUGAAUAUUGAAAUGCGCGAUAAAAAUUAUAAAAAUUAUAAAAACAUAGAUCAGGGGAGCGUCACAAAUGAAGCACAAUGUGAAUCCUCUUAUGUUGAUGAUAAAAAUUGUGAUAUUACUGGUGAUAAAAAUGAAAACAGAAAUAAUCACAGCUUUACAAAGGAAUGUAGCAAUAAUAAUAAUCGCAUAAAAAAUGGUGUGCAAAAAGAAUAUCGAAAAAAUGUAAUAAUGAAUAAACAAAAUACUAAUAUAAAUUAUAAAAUGACAAACUGGGAAAAAGAAAAUGAAAAAUUUAAAGAGUUAUAUAAAAAUGAUAAAAAUACUAAUAUAAUUAUUUAUAAGCGCAUAUAUCAAUCAUAUAUCUUUUUAAAAAAAGAAUACAAUGAAUUAAUAAAUGAAAAUAGGAAAAAAUUGAGAAUAAAUAAAAAACUCAAAUAUGAAUUAGAUAAUUUAAAAAAUGAUAAUAAUUAUUAUUCUAAUUAUUUUUUAAACAAUGAUUCAGAAAAUAUAUUAGAAGAUUUAGCUUCAGGGAUAAGUAGCAUAUUCAAAUGGAUGGAUAUAGAAAAUAAAAUAGGACAAAAAAAUUAUGAAAAUGCUAUUAAUGUUUUUAAAAAUAGUAAUAAUAAUAUUGGAAAUAAUUUGCAAAAUGAUGAUGAUCAUGAAAAUAUGAUUAAAACAGAUUUAGAAGUAGAGCAAAAUGAAAAUAGCGAAAAAAAAAAGAAAGACAUAUCGAAUAAAUGCAAUUUAAACGACAAACCAUCUAAAAAAUUCCAUGAUGUAGAAUAUAAUAAAAUGGAUGAAAUUGAAAAGUGCGAAAACCAGGUUAUUUUGAAUAAUGAAAUAGUAAAAAAGGAAACGAAAGUAAAUACUAUUAAAACUGAUCCAAUUGAGUUAAAGGAUAAAAAAGAAUUUUCUAUGGAUAUUGAAGAGAUUAAAAAAAAUGGAAUAUUGAAACUCGAUUUAAUUAAAAGUACAAUUAUUAAUAAUUUUAUUCCAAGCUAUAUUUAUAAUGAUUUAAAUAAUGAAUCGUUUACAAAUUCUAUUUCAAAAAAAAACGAAACAGGAGUAGGCACUGAAACCGGAGUAGAAUCCGCACAAAAUGACAAAAUAAACAAUGUUAAUGUUAAUCUUAUAGAUAAUAUAAAUUAUUCAAAUAAGGAAAAAAAAGGCGAUAAUGAUUAUGAUAAUAACAGUGUGAACUUAAUUAAUGGCGAGCAUUUAAAUAUACUAAGCCCUGAAUAUAUUGUUGGAAAUCUAUCCAAUAUUAUUAAAAAUUUUAGAAACAAUAAAAAUAUAAAAGACACAAACAAUAUUGACGAAAUAUAUGAGAAAGAACUUCAUUUGAAUGUUAUUAAUGAUAAAAAGAAUGAAAUAGAUAAUUAUAACAAAAAUAGUAAAAUAGAUAAAUGUGAAAAUAAUAGAAAUAUAGAAUACUGUAGUUCAAAUGAAAAGGAUGGUGCUUCUAACUCAUUUAUAAUUAAAGGGGAAAAUAAAAAUAGUUAUAGCUUUUCGAAUAUUGUAAAUGAUAAUAAAAUUCGAAAAAAUUCAUUUUUAUGGGAAAAAGAAAAUAUAUUAAAAAAAAAAAAUAUAAAAUAUGCUAAGCAUAUUCCUAUAAAAAUCGAAAAAGAUGGACAACAUUUUUUAAAAAAUACAAAUAAAAUUGAUAAUUUUGUAGUAACUAAUAAUAUAAAUAUAAUAGAUUAUCUUAAAGUUAAAUUAUAUAUGAAAAAUAAAAAUGAGAAAAUUGCGAAAAUCGGUACUAAAUGUAUUGAAAAUAUUCAUAGAGACAAAAAAAAUAUAGAAUAUGCUACUAAUAAAUAUGCAAAUAAAAUUUGUAUCAAAAAUUGUAAUAAAAAAAAACAAAAUCCAAACAAUACAAUAAAUGGUAAAUUAAAUUAUUGCAAAGAUGGAACCCAUUUUGAUAGAAAAAACAUUAUACAUAAUAAAAAUGUUAACAAAAUAAAUAUCGAAAAAGAAUCUAUUUUUCACAUAUCUAAUUAUAAGGAAAAUAAAUAUAUGCCCAUAAAUUUAAGUCCUUUUUUUUUGGUUGAUGAUAAAAAAAAAAACAGUCUAGAUUCGGAACUUAAUAUAAACCAUUUAAAAAAAAAUAUGCGUUUUAUUUUGAAAAAAAAAAAUAACAAAAAACAAAAUAACUCUCAAAUAGCCAACCUUUCGAAUAUACAAUUGGAUAAUCACGUAAAUAAUCCAGAUUUUGAAAAAAAUGAGAUAUCUAAGACAAUAGUUAAAAAAUUGAAUGUUUCAGAAAAAGAAAUAAAAAAUAAAAAUAAAUUAUGCGAUUUUAAAAAUAAUAAAGAAAAUGUAGAUAAAUGGAAACAUUUUUUUAAAAGAUAUAUCACAGGAAAUCAAAAGCGAAGAUUUACCUUGCAUAUAUUAAAUAAAAGAAUAUUAAAAAAUAAAUGUAGAAAUAGAAAAAUAUGUAUUUACAAAAUAGAGGAAAAUAUAAAUCACAUCAAUUUUGAUCAAAUAUUUAAUUAUGUUAAUUAUUUUGUAAAAUUUACCAAUAACUACCCAAAGCAUAUAUAUCAAUUUGUUAAGAAAAGAAAAACAAUAAUUACUAAUCAGGAUUGUGAUAUAAAUAUUAAAAAACGGGUAACUUAUUUGUGCUUAUUUAAAAGGUGUGUAAAAUAUGAAUUUUGGUAUUUUGAUAAAUUUAAUCAUGUUUAUUUCAUGAAGGGAAUGAAAAAAAAAAAAAAAUAUUCACAAGUCCGAAAUAAUGAAAAAAUUGAAGAAGCUGAAAAAAUCGAAAUUGAUGUUAAUAAUAAAAAAUACCUUUUUGAUAUAAACAAAGAUGUGGAAAAAAGUAAAGAAAAUGAAAAUCCAAAUAUAGAGAAAAAUUACGAUAAUGAAAAAAAUGGAAUAUUGAAUAAAUUAAAUGAAUCGCCUGUUCUAGAUAUAGAUGACGAUAUGCUGGAAAAAUAUAUUUUUAAAGAAACAGAAGAUGCAGCACCAAAUGUCUUAAUAGAAUUUAAAGAAGCUCUAAAAAAACAUAUACUAUCUCUUAACAUAUUAAAUAGACAAAUAAAAAAAAUUGAAUGUAAAAGUGAUAACGAAGAAAUAAUAAUUAUAGGAAUUAAAAUAUAUUUAUAUGAUACAUAUACAUUAUUGUUUGUUUAUGCAUUAAACAGUAUUGAAUAUAGUGUAAAAAAAUGGAUUAAAAAUAAUAUCGAUAAAUUAAAAUUAUAUAUAAAAAAAUAUAACUCAAAGGUUUUGAAUUUUUUUAAAGCCUACUCUAUAAAUAUGUUUACUUUUUUUUGUAACUUUUUAAAUAUUAUAGAAAAUUAUAUUCAUCAAUUCCCUUUUUAUUUUUCUAUCUCAUUCGAUGAUUUGAUCAUGAAAAAUUUAAUUUAA